UUUGAUUUUAAUGAGAUGCACAAGGCUGGUGAUGUGAUCCUCGGUGGUCUGUUUGAGGUCCACUCCACCUCUGUCUUCCAUGAGCCGACGUUCACGUCAGAGCCAAAUCAGCUCAGCUGCCAAGGUUUUGAACCUCCAGGGUUUAGGCGUGCCAUGACCAUGGCCUAUGCUAUUGAUGAGAUCAACAAAAACCCCAACCUGCUACAGAAUGUGUCUCUGGGAUACAGUCUUUAUGACAACUGUGCCACACUUGUAAUUGGAUAGUCACUAGCCAGCGGUCGAGAGGAGCAGUUUCUGCUUCAAGAGACCUGUUUAGGGACCCCCCCAGUCCUUGGGAUUGUGGGAGAUUCCAUGUCAACAUUUUCUAUCGCCACAUCUGAUGUGAUAGGUUUAUUCAAAUUGCCCAUGGUGAGUUACUUUGCCACAUGUUCCUGCCUGAGUGAUAGGCGGAGGUUUCCAUCCUUCUUCAGAACAAUCCCAAGUGAUGCUUUCCAGGUGCGUGCUAUGUUUCAGAUUAUGAAACACUUUGGCUGGUUGGGCAAAGAGGUGGUGAGGCAGAAUAUGACAGGCCUGCAGUGGAUGGCCAUUGAAGCCUGGACUACAGCAGCUGUGCUCCAGACCCCCCGCCUCAUGCCGUACCUGGGUGGCACCCUGGGCAUUGCCAUCCGUCGAGGAGAAAUAUCAGGGCUCAAGGAUUUUCUAUUAAAAACAAGUCCUGACAAGUCAAACAAUCAUAGGAAUAGAAUGGUAAGUCAGUUUUGGGAAUACACAUUUUGGUGUAAAUUUGCACCACCUCCAGCAGGUUGGGUGGAAGCUGGGGGAGCUCUAUGCACUGGGCAGGAAGAUCUAGCAAGUGUGGAGACUGAGUUUUUGGAUGUUUCAAACCUCAGGCCAGAAUACAAUAUCUACAAGGCUGUAUAUGCCCUGGCAUAUGCCCUUGAUGAUAUGCUGCGCUGUGUGCCAGGGAGAGGGCCUUUCAGUGGACACAGCUGUGCUGCUUUGCAAACACUGGAGCCAUGGCAGCUUAUACAUUACUUGGAAAAGGUCAACUUUACAACAACAUUUGGGGAUCAAGUAUCAUUUGAUGAGAAUGGUGAUGCCUUACCAAUAUAUGACAUCAUGAACUGGCAGUGGCUCCCUGAUGGAAAAAUAAAUGUUCAGAAUGUGGGUGUUGUUAAGAAGUCUGCCUCCAAAGGUGAAGAACUCACACUUGAUGAAGAAAACAUCUUCUGGAGCUUUGUCUUCAAACAGCCACCCCAGUCCGUGUGCAGUGAGAGCUGUUCUCCAGGUAGCCGCAUGACCAGAAAAAAGGGACAGCCUGUCUGCUGUUAUGACUGUGUCGCUUGUUCUGAGGGAAAAUACAGCAAUGAAACUGACUCCAUGGAGUGCAGCAGUUGUCCAGAGGACUUCUGGUCCAGCCCCCAGCGUGACCACUGUGUUCCUAAAAAAACAGAGUUCCUCACUUAUGAAGAGCCUCUUGGUAUCUGCUUGACAACCGCCUCUUUACUCGGCACAUUUAUCUGUGCUGUUGUCGUAGGAAUCUUUAUCCAUCACCGUAGCACACCCAUGGUACGCGCCAACAAUUCAGAACUAAGUUUCCUGCUCUUAGCAUCACUUAAGCUAUGUUUCCUGUGUUCACUGCUGUUUAUCGGCCAUCCCAGACUGUGGACAUGUCAAUUGAGACAUGCAGCAUUUGGGAUAAGCUUUGUACUUUGUAUCUCUUGUAUUCUUGUUAAAACCAUGGUGGUUCUGGCUGUGUUCAACGCCUCCAAGCCAGGAGGUGGAGCCAGUCUGAAGUGGUUUGGUGCUGGACAGCAGAGAGGGACAGUUUUGCUUCUUACAUCCAUUCAGGCAGUGAUUUGUACUGCUUGGCUUGUCUCUUCCUCACCAGUGCCUCAAAAAAACACUCAAUACUACAAUGACAAAAUAGUGUAUGAGUGUGUAGUCGGGUCCACAGUUGGAUUUGCAGUGUUAAUGGGUUAUAUUGGAUUACUUGCUAUACUUAGUUUCCUGUUAGCAUUUAUGGCAAGGAAUCUUCCAGAUAGCUUCAAUGAGGCCAAACUCAUCACUUUUAGCAUGCUGAUCUUCUGUGCUGUGUGGGUGGCCUUUGUUCCUGCUUACAGAAACUCCCCAGGCAAAUAUGCAGAUGCCGUAGAAGUAUUUGCCAUCCUGGCCUCCAGUUUUGGCCUCUUGAUGGCACUGUUUGGUCCCAAAUGUUACAUUAUACUGCUGAGACCAGAGAGGAACACAAAGAAAGCUAUCAUGGGUCGGGGUAUUGAGUCAUAAAAACCUGCAAUUAGUUUUAUAGGA